AGUCGGGUUCUUUCCGUCGUCACAACAACAACAACCAUAGCAACAAGAGAUAAAAGAAAAAAUAGCUCUGCUGUGGCUGGUAAACGACAAAAAAGCAAACGAUCAAAAAACAACAACAACACUACUGAGAACGACGGACGCGUGCGUGUGUUUCUACGUAAGCAUCGACCGUUACUCCUGUCUCAAAAAGAAAAGAAAAGCAUCAGAAAACGAAACGUAUUCAACAAAGGCUUGUAGCGCUUAGAAACCUCUUUGCGACCUUUGCACGCAGCGUCCUCUACCAUAUAUAUAUAUAUAUAUAUAUAUCAUCAUGAACGUACCAGAGUGGACCAAGGACGAGCAGUCCAUCGAGGCCGCCAAGAGCUACCUCCGCCAAGGCGGCGCCGUUGACUUCUUCGAGAUGGUUGCGCGUUCCAUCAUUCACAACCACCCCACCAAUAAGGUGGAGUUUUCGCUGCAGAUAGUGAACGACAUUCUCGGCGGCAAAGAAAUUUCUGCCGACGCAGACUUCCAGCCAAAGCGGCAGGAGGAUAAUCAGUACAUGCGUGAGAACGAGGUGAGCGACUUUCUGGAUGAGUGGGUGCUGGCGCUGCUACGCGAGCGACCCGGCACGGACCUGGAACGGAUGCAGUUCCACAAGCGUUACCUUGAGGGCCUCCGCGACGGGACGACGGUAACGGUGUAA